AUGAGGUUCUCGCCUUACUGUGCCAGGCUGCUGCUGCAGGUGGAGACUGUCUUUGUCUUUAACGGUUUCUACAGAAACAUUGUCCUGAACAACCCCAGGAAGAGAAACGCCCUGUCCCUGGCCAUGCUGCAGUCCCUCAGGGAGGACCUGCUGCACGACGUCAAGAGCAAAGAGCUCCGAGUUAUCAUCAUUUCAGCUGAAGGACCUGUAUUUUGUUCCGGCCAUGAUUUAAAGGAACUGACAAGUGAAGAAGAUGUGAAGCAUCAUUCCCAAGUAUUUGAAAUAUGUGCAGAGGUUAUGACUUUAAUCCAGAAACUUCCAGUACCAGUGAUUGCCAAAGUCAACGGUUUGGCUACAGCAGCAGGCUGUCAGCUUGUGGCAAGCUGUGACAUUGCAGUGGCAAGUGAGAAAUCUCAGUUUGCUACUCCUGGAGCAAACAUCGGACUGUUUUGCUCCACACCAGCUGUGGCCUUGGGCAGGUCUCUUCCAAGAAAGGUGGCAUUAGAGAUGCUUUUCACGGGUGAACCUCUUUCUGCCCAAGAAGCAUUAAUGCAUGGGCUCAUCAGCAAGGUGGUACCAGAAGACAAGCUGGAAGAAGAGACCAUGAAAAUCUCUAAAAAGAUAUGCGAAAGCAGCAAAUCCGUCCUGGCACUGGGGAAAGCCACCUUUUACAGACAGAUGACACAGGACAUCGAUACUGCUUACAAAAUGACUACUCAGGUCAUGACAGACAAUUUGACUUUGAGAGAUGGGCAGGAGGGUAUUGAAGCCUUUAUUCAGAAACGUAAGCCUGUCUGGUCACACUCUCAGGAUAAGAAGAAAUGAAUCCUGGUUCUAAGCUAACCUCACCUGUGCUUUAUGAUUCUCCACAUAGUUGCCUUUAGGAACUGUACUUUUGUUCUUACCAAAAGCUAAAUUUCUCUUC